AGUCCCCUGAUGGAUAAACAUUUUGACAUAACCUCAAAAUCUGAUCAUCUGUCAAAAUGAAUUUUUUCUUUUUUGAUAAUAAUAAUUAAUUAAAUAAUUGAGAAAAGAUAAAUAAAACUCAAAAAGAAUAUUUCUAUUUCCAAGGGCAAUUAUUAGAAAGGUAUAUUGUAUAUUUCACUGCAAUUAAAACAAUGAUUGACCAAAGUGUAAUUGGAAUCGGCAUUUUAAUUUUUCUAGCUGUGAUAUUUAAUUUUUCUCUUCAUCGUAUAGAAGAAGGACAUGUUGGUGUUUAUUUUCGUGGUGGAGCAUUAUUGCCUCAUGUCAGUAAUCCAGGAUUUCAUAUGAUGAUUCCCGUUCUUACAUAUUAUCGUGCAGUACAAAUAACUUUGCAAACAGAUGAAGUAAAAAAUGUUCCAUGUGGAACAAGUGGUGGUGUGAUGAUUUAUUUUGAUCGAAUUGAAGUUGUUAAUAUUUUAGACGCCGGUGCCGUCUACAAUAUGGUUCGAAAUUUCACUGCUGAUUAUGAUCGAACAUUAAUUUUUAAUAAAGUUCAUCAUGAAUUAAAUCAAUUUUGUUCGGUGCACACUUUGCAUGAAGUUUAUAUUGAUCUCUUCGAUCAAAUUGAUGAAAAUUUGAAAACUGCAUUACAAAAAGAUUUAAAUGAACUUGCACCAGGUUUACAUAUUCAAGCUGUUCGUGUUACAAAGCCAAAAAUACCGGAAACAAUUAGAAAAAAUUACGAACUCAUGGAAGGUGAAAAAACAAAACUUUUAAUAUCAACACAACAUCAAAAAGUCGUUGAAAAAGACGCUGAGACAGAUCGUAAGAAAGCAAUCAUCAUUGCCGAGAAAGAGGCACUAGUUGCAAAAAUUCAAUUUGAACAGAAAAUCAUGGAAAAAGAAUCACUACAAAGAAUUGCUUCUAUCGAAGAUGAAAUGCAUUUGGCACGUGAAAAAAGUCGUUCUGACGCUGAAUUUUAUCAAACAAAAAAACAAGCCGAAGCAAAUGAUUUAUUAUUAUCGAAAGAAUUUUUAGAAUUAAAAAAAUAUGAAUCACUUGGACAAAAUUCGAAAAUUUAUUACGGUCAAGAUAUACCGAAAAUGUUUUCCCUUGGCGGAUGUUCGAAUGAUCCAACAUUGGGUCAUAUUUCCGGUAGGACACACUCAACAUCUUCUGUUGAUAGUAAAACAUAAUUUUCACUCUCUACUUUAUUUAUUUUUUUUUUAUUUUUUUUUUACACAAAAUCUGUUUUUUUAAAUUUCUUUUUCUGUUGCCUUUAUUUAUUCUAGUAAACAUCGAACUGUAAUAUGUAAAUAUUUUUGUUUAUUAAAUUCGUUUAUUUACACAUACACAAGUUUAAAAUAACACAAAAAUACAAGUUUUGUACAUAUAUAUAAAUUUUGUUCAUUUUUUAAAAUGAAAGAAAAACAAAUGUAAACUGUUGUCCUAUUUAUGAAAUACAUAUUUUUUAUCACUA